CUGCGGGUCAGGGGCUGAGGUAAAGCUGGGCGCAGCGGGCUGCGGUCCGGCUCGCUGGUCGCGCUCGGGCGGCUUCGGCUCCCCCGACUCCUUCCGGCACCUGGGCCUGCUCGUGGACGUCAGGUCCCACCCCAGCGCGGGCCUUCGCUGGCUGCAGUGACCCCGCCCCCGGGCCAAGGAUGUGAGCGUCUAGCGCCGGGCCGGGCCGGGCGCCGGCAGUAGGCGUCCGGGUCGCGCCGGGCGAUGGCCUUGUUGCUGGUACUGCUCGCAGCCCGGGGCCAGUGAGGGACCGGCGCGCUCUGUCGAGAGGCCCGGCGCGGCGCCAUGGAGGGCGUGCUGUACAAGUGGACCAACUACCUGAGCGGUUGGCAGCCUCGGUGGUUCCUUCUGUGUGGAGGAAUAUUAUCCUAUUAUGAUUCUCCUGAAGAUGCCUGGAAAGGUUGCAAAGGGAGCAUCCAAAUGGCAGUCUGUGAAAUUCAAGUUCAUUCUGUAGAUAAUACUCGAAUGGAUCUGAUAAUCCCUGGGGAACAGUAUUUCUACCUGAAGGCCAGAAGUGUGGCUGAGAGACAGCGGUGGCUGGUAGCCCUGGGAUCAGCCAAGGCUUGCCUGACAGACAGUAGGACUCAGAAGGAGAAAGAAUUUGCUGAAAACACUGAAAACUUGAAAACCAAAAUGUCGGAACUAAGACUCUACUGUGACCUCCUUGUUCAGCAAGUAGAUAAAACAAAAGAAGUGACAACUGGUGUGUCUAAUUCUGAGGAGGAAAUUGAUGUGGGUACUCUGUUGAAAUCAACUUGCAAUACUUUUCUGAAGACCCUGGAAGAGUGCAUGCAGAUUGCCAAUGCAGCCUUCACCUCUGAGCUGCUUUAUCACACUCCUCCAGGAUCACCACAGCUGGCUAUGGUGAAGUCAAGUAAGAUGAAACAUCCUGUUGUACCAAUUCACAAUUCACUGGAAAGGCAAAUGGAGUUGAACAGUUGUGAAAAUGGAUCUUUAAGUAUGGAAAUAAAUGGUGAUGAAGAAAUCCUAACGAAAAACAGCCCUUUAUAUUUGAAAUCUGCAGAGAUAGACUGUAGCAUAUCAAGUGAAGAAAAUACAGAGGAGACUAUAACAGUUCAAGGUGAAAUAAUGAAGGAAGAUGGAGAAGAAAACUUGAAAAAUCAGGACAGUAACUUGGCACAGCCUAGAUCAAACUCUUCAAAUUGCUCUCCAGAAUCCCUCUGGGAAGAAGAAAAAGAAGUCAUCCCAACUUUUUUUAGUACUAUGAACACCAGCUUUAGUGACAUUGAACUUCUGGAAGACAGUGGCAUUCCCACAGAACCUUUUUUGGCAUCAUGUUAUGCUGUGGUUCCAGUAUUAGAUAAACUUGGCCCUACUGUGUUUGCUCCUGUUAAAAUGGAUCUUGUUGGAAAUAUUAAGAAAGUAAACCAGAAGUAUAUAACCAACAAGGAAGAGUUUACUACUCUCCAGAAAAUAGUGCUGCACGAAGUGGAGGCGGAUGUAGCUCAGGUUAGGAACUCAGCUACUGAAGCCCUCUUGUGGCUGAAGAGAGGUCUCAAAUUUUUAAAGGGAUUUUUGACAGAAGUGAAAAAUGGUGAAAAGGAUAUCCAGACAGCCCUGAAUAACGCAUAUGGAAAAACUUUACGGCAACACCACGGCUGGGUAGUUCGUGGAGUUUUUGCGUUAGCCCUGAGGGCAGCUCCAUCCUAUGAAGAUUUUGUGGCCGCAUUAACCAUAAAGGAAGGUGACCACCAGAAGGAAGCAUUCAGCACUGGCAUGCAGAGAGACCUUAGCCUUUACCUUCCUGCCAUGGAAAAACAGCUGGCUAUACUGGACACUUUAUAUGAAGUCCACGGGCUGGAGUCUGACGAGGUGGUGUGACAGCUGCAGGACAGCACCUCCUAACUUCAGGGAAUAAAGUUUGCUCAAGUAUUGUGUUGCCCUACUUAAUUUUCAGCAAGAGCUUCAACCCUUUCCAACACCUUCCUUGGGGGAAUGGGAAGGAAGAAGCAAAACAUAGUGCUUUAUAUAUAAUUUUGUAAAAUAUGUAUGUAUUUUAUGUGAUUAAAAAUCGAGGUGCUAUAUACUUCAGUUCAGUGGGCCUACUGGAAACCAAAUCGUAAUUGUUAAAGACUUGAACAGCAAGUAAUAACAGAUUUAACAAAUAGAUUUUAUAUUGUGUUUUAUAUUGUUUUGUUUUAGUUUUAAUGGCCACUCAGACCCAAAUUGCAAAUGAGCUAAAAUUUGUAACUAAAAUUCAUAGCCAGUGUUCAACCAUCUUAAGAGUUAGACUGAACACUUAGAGUAUAAGGUCCUUUGUGAAGCAGUGCUAAUGUCGUUUGCUUUUCCUAGACAUUCUCCAGUGGAUCCUCCUUUCUCGCUCUUAGUGAGAAAAACCUGUGUAGAGAAAAGGUUUGGUCAUUUGUGUGACCAUGUGAUUGUAGGAAGAUAUGGACAAGGACUGCCAUCCCUUUUAGCUCAAGACAAGAGGUUUACCCUGACCCCACACUGGAGGAGGACUGGGUAGGAGAAGUGGGACAAAUCAUUUAAGGUGACAUCUGUCUUGUGCCCACCUUUUGCCACAUUUCCCAGGCAUUAUCUUAAUCGGACUUCACAAGGAAACCAUGACACUGAGAUUCUUAUUUCAUUUACAGAGUGAUGUUUAGAGGCAGAAGGGUCUGCUCACACUCUUCUCCUCAGUUGAGGAGCCAAGUGAUUUCCAAGUGUAACCUGUACCAUAUGUGUAUUGAAGUCAUGUGCUCAAAGACUGAAUUUCCAGAACUUGCUUAAAGAGCCCAGUCUGAGAGUGGGACACAGGACUCGACAUUUAGAUGAGCUUCCCAAAUGAUUCUUAUGCAUACAUGGUAGAAGGAACCACUUACUUAAAUUGGAGUUUUCAGAAUUCCAAAGCCUUCUCCAAGAACCAAAUGAUCCUUUUUUUAAACAGAAAGAGUCUGUCAUUUAAGAAAAAUAAUUCAGUGGAGAGUGAGAAGUAGAACAGGUUUACUUCACAGCAUACUUUGUUGAGCCAGCAUCAGCACCCAGCAUUCAGGGCCACAGCUCCGAAUCUUCCGGUGUUCAGUCAUGGCUUCAAGACCAGAAGUGUAGAGCAAACUAAAGGCAGCUGCAUGUCAGUCUCAAAAGCUUUCAGGUUUAUAGACAGGACUUGCAUAUUUUAUGAAACAACUUUGGAAAGACAUCCUACCAAGUGUGAUAGACGUCUGACCUAUGACCCUUCUCUCCUGCCUUUGGGUCAAGCUGCCACAGUAUGCACAGGGGAGAUGCCAUGAGUGCCUUCCUCUUCAGGAAGGGACACUUCAGCAUAAGAUAGUUCCUGGGGAGAAUAUAAGGGACACAGGUGCAUGGAGCAGUGCUUAAUGAUGCUGCAGAUCCAUAGGGCCAGAGAAUUCACUCCUUAGCAGGGUGCUUCAUAGAGGGCAGAAACUGACUUUGUCUUUUGUCUCUAUAAGCAGACAUUUAUUUAACCCACAUUAAUGAAACAAAUUGAGCUAGGCAAAAUGGCACACAUCGAUAGUCCCAGCUACUCUGGCAGUUAAAGCAAGAGAAUCUCUUAGUCCAGGAAUUCAAGGCCAGCCUGGACCGUGGAGUGAGAUGCUGCUCUUUAAAAUUAAAACAUAAGUUGUUGUUGUUUUUUUAAAGCAUUAGCCUACAAAAGAACUUCUAGAAAACAAACUUAGGAAAACAAUAUCUUAUGUUUUAAGGCUAGAGAAGAAUUAAAGUAAUGUUGAUUAUAUUUUAGCAUUUGUUGUUGGAAGCUGCUUAGGUGUGUGGAAUAUUUUCCUCCCAUUCAUCAGAGCAUUCUGUGGUGUUCUGUUCUUUUUUUGAGGGGGCCAGUGGGUGGACAGUCUCACUAUGUAGUUCAGGUUGGCCUUAAGCUCACUGUAACCCAGCCUGGCCUUGAACUCUUGGUGAUCUCCUGCGUUAGUCUCCCAAGUGCUGGGAUGUUAGGCAUGCCCCACUACACUGGGCUUGGAUGUCCUACAGCUAGAGUGAAUAUGAAGGUAGGACUUGGAGAUAAUUUAGACUUCUGCCCAUGAUACCCACUUCUCACAGGGAAAAAGGAAAAGGUACGCUGAGUGAAGAUGCUUUAAGCACUGCUCUUAAGAGGGGGUACUUUCAGGAAAUUGGUGGUGGUGUGAAGCUGACUGUUCACAACUGCUGGUGCUCCUGGCCACCUCAGGUCAGCUCUUGUUGUCUUGGAGAGCAGGUGGGCACUCUGAAAACACCUCAAGUGUGCCACCAAGUCUCUGAAUGCACACUGAAGGACAGCUGCCCUGCGUGGCCAUUUCACAUCUUUACAGGUACUGCCUACAUGUUUACAACUUAACUUAAUGAAGGAUGAGUUUAAUGUUACCAAAAUAGAGUAGCUUGAUAACUUGAAUAUGUUCCAUUUUCCAGUCACCCCUUUUCCAGCUAUAUAGGAAGAGGGUAAUGUUUUUCAGUAGAUAUUUUCCUUACCAGGGAGUGUUUGCCGAAGAUAAGUAAAACAGAGGAUUCUUUAAAAAGAAGGCUAGAAAUUGAAUGUAAUGCUAAACAAAUUCAACUUGACACAAAUAGAUCCUCCUCCUGGACCUAUAAUAUUUAUGUCUUGAUUUACAGUCAAUUGUGCUGAUGAGCAGUGACUUCCUAAAAAGGGGACAAUAGGGUAAAAUACUUUCAGCUUUUUUCUGUAGCUCUCCAAGAGCUCUGGGAUUCUUGAGCUUUCCUUUACUCUGACACUGGGAGAGAAAUAACUGGUAUGUUUUCUGCUUUCAUUGCUUGAAACAUCUUUUCGUGCAUAACCAUUUGGA